AUGAAGGACGAAGGCCGCUUUGCCGUUCCGCGCGCGUCUGCGUCGGCGAGCGGCGAAGGAGAGGGCGCGCCUCAGCGACGGUCCGUGGGCGAAGGUAACGACCACGACGCGUCGUCGCCAGGUCCCGUCCCCCGCGUCCACGUGUCUCCUCCGUGCUCAGGGACCUCCAAUCCGCCCUUCGCUGCGUGUGGAGCCGCAUCCGCGCCGAGUUUCUCCCGCCCUGGACUGGAUCAGGACGAAGGAGACGGCGCCGGUCAAGGAGACAUAAGAUGUUUCGCCCCUUCUUCAUCGCACUCAGUCCCCGGGGGAUCUCAUCCCGUUCUUUCCUCAGAUCCUGCACCGCGCCCGGCUGCGGCGACGGCGGUCGCUGGCGACGGCGAGGCUCUUGCGUCCCCUUCGCCUGCGUCGGUGUCGCCCUCUGAACCGUGCUCGUCAUCGUGUUCUGCACCGGCGUGCGCUGCUGCAGGCUCCCUGCCCUCUCUCUCUUCGCCCUCCGCGCGUCAACCGCAAGGAGCAGCGCCUCUGCGGGGCGGGUUGCCGCGGACGUCGUCCUCGGCUGCGUUUCCCGCUGCGCCUCCGCCGCCACCGAGUUCGUCUUCCGCAAACAGUGACCGCACCGGCGGCGCGACGCUCUGCGGCGGCCCGCGCCUGUCCGCCUCCGGAGCGGCGCCUGCCGCUGGGGCGUCGCCAGCGACCCACUCGCCUGGGCGCUCCGCGGAGGCGGCUCGGCCUCGAGGCCGCGGAGACAGUGCACACGCGGCGGGCACUUUCUUCGAGAAGGGGAGCGAGUGUGCGCACCUGGGCGCGGCGCCGGGCGGCCGCGGAGCCAGUCCUGCGCUGGUCGAUGGGGGCGGCGGCUAUGCGCGGGAGAGUCCCGCGACUGCGUCGCCUGCGAGUCUCUUGUCUCACUCGCCCUUCUUCGCGUCGCCCCUGCAGGGCGCGGGCGCGACGGGGGCGACUGCGGGAAGCAACCGACCGCAGCAUCCACUGGUGCAUGCGUCCACACCUUGCUGGGUGAAAUACGGCGAGGAGCACUAUCCCGAAGAGGCCGUGCCCAUCGAGUACCAGUGGGUAGAAGACGACGGGACCUGCUGCUGCUACGUCACCGACUUCCUUCUUUACAACAAGAAAGGCGAGCGCCUUCUCCAAGUCGAAACGCUGGAUCAAGAUGAGCUGGCGGACGUGGCGCUGUACGGGAAGCUGGUUCACGUCGCCCUUGUUCAUCCGCCAGAGGCGCUGGAGGCCAGGAAGCACCCGACCGCGUGCCAGGUCUAUCCGCACCUUCUACAGCAGCGCCGGAGACAGCAGAACCCGCGGAGCCGGCGCAACCUGCAGGCGACGCCUGAAGAUGACGGCGCCGCGCAGGCCUCCCCGCGGUCGCCCUUGGCCGCGGGGCCCAGAGACGGCGGAGACAAGAGCGCAGGUGCGGAGCGCGAGAGUGCGGGUCGCGGAGGAGCCGAGGGCGACCAGACGCCGAUUCAGGGGGGGCGGGAGGAGGGCGAGAGGAAGGAAGACGGCAAAUCCGCAGGCGACGAAGGGGCAGGGACUUCCUCGCUUGGCGGGAAAAAAGUUUUCAGAAAACGAGGGGGAAUGCUCCAUCACCCGUUCAUCACCCCGAAAAUCCCGCGCGCAUUCAGAACCUUCCCCGUGCGCGUCGACUUGACUGAAUGGACGAUUGACUACGGCAAAUCCUCGAGUCAGACGCCCUACGUCUGGCUGAUUUCAUCGCUGAAUCGGUACUACCGCCUGGAGAAGCCGGCGGGCCGCUACGCCCCCGUGCUGCAGUCCCUGAAGUACAAGUUCGAGGUGGCGUCGCGCGUGAUCAAGCAGCUCUCCGUGGAUCGGCUGUACCCCUACCAGGAGCUCGUUCGCCACCUGACUGCGGAUUCUCGCCUCAAGAAGGCCUUGGCCGAGAAGGCGCCUGCAGAGGGGCCGGACAAGGAGAAGGAGAGCCGGAGCGGCGGACGCUGCAGUUCUUCGGGCGACGGCGGCGCGAAAGACGGCGAGCUCGAGCAGCCAAGCCAGGCUGCCUGCGCCACAGGCGAAGAUGGCGAGGAGGCGGGGGGCGGAGGUGGGGACGGCGCGCCGUCGCGGAAGAAGGCACGGCGGCAGGAAGCGAAGGAGAAUGAGAAGCUGUCCGCCGACGAAGAGGAGGAGGACGAAGAGAAAGAAGACGGCGAGCUCGCAUCCGGCAAAGCGAGCUCUCAGCAGGUGUCACCGCGAAACGGCGGCCUCGGGAGCCCCGAGAACGAAGAGGGGUCGAACGCGGAUAGGCUGAAGGAAGCGUUCCUUUCCCAUCCCUCCUCUGUGGCGGGCGACGACUUUGACGACCCUGCGGGGGCGGACCCUUCGUCUUCGGUGCUGUCGCCGUCGAGCAGGCUCACGCCGAAUUCCGCGCACCCUUCUUCGGCGUCGAAUCUCAUUGGCGGCGACUUCGGCAACCUCGUGCUUCCGCCGGGUCUGGGGUCGUCCUCUUCGCUGCCUCUGGAUCCCUCGUCGCUCUUCACCUCCUCCAAGUUCAUCUCCGCGCUCGCGAUCAAGAAAAACAAAAACUGCCAUCUCCUCUCGCUCUCGGACCCAGACGGGACGGGAGUGCGCACGCUACCCGAUGGCUCGCGGUCUCCGGAGAGCCCCUGGGGCGCGCCCCUCGCGGUCGAAGGGUGCACAGAGGAGUCGCUGAUUGAGGUCUUCCCUUUCCUCGAGUCGCAAGUCGCCGCGUUCGAGGCCUCGACAGGCGUCUCGGGCCUCCUCGCGUCUCCGUUCAUGAAUGCCCUUCGCGCCCGCGUCUUCCGCUGGGUCGGCAAAAUGGAAGGCGACAGUGCGGUCGACGAAGUUCCCCCACUGCAGCAGACGACGACCCCCGAGAUCGUAGGCGGGCGGACAAGUGAGGGCGGGCUCCUCUCGCACCAGCCGGACGACGUGCUUCUCUCGCUGAAUGAGUUCGGUGCCUCGUGUGCAGCUGAGGGGCGACACCCGUCCCUCUCAGGCUCAUCCAUCCCGUUCUCUGGGGCGGCGGCAGGCGGCCUCCGCGGCGCCGGGCAGGGCUUCCUCGACUCCCCGCCAUUCGGGGGGGACGCGUCUGCGCAGGGUUUCUUCACCGGGACCCGAGGCGGGCGCCGACGGGGCGCGAGAGGCGGGCGCGGCAGGGGCGCGGGCGGCGAAGGAGGCGUGAGGGGUCGCGGCGGCCGCCGCUUCCCGAGGGACAGCGACGCAAGCGCCUUCGCGCGUCUGGGCGGCGACUACUCGAGGGACAUCGAGGGCCUUGGCGGCCUGACGGACGAGGAUGCGCGCGGGCUUCGAGACGGGCUCGACGGAAGGUCGCGCAUGGAGAAGGGCGAGAGGCUUGUCAAGCGGGAGGGCGGAGACGGCCGGGAAGGAGACGAAGACGGCGCGACCCGCGAGGGAGGAGGCGGAGGUGGCGAUCUCUCGGAUGAGGAGGAGAGCCGGAAACGCGUCAAGCGAGAGGAAGACGGGCGGAGCGGCGACCGGGAGCCUUGGGCAACGAAAGAUGAAACCGAUCCUCAAAGAAGCAUGGACACCGACGAAGAAGAAGACAAAGAUGAAAUCUCGACGGUGCCCGAAUGGGGAAUCGAAGGCGACCCCGUUGAUGUCAAGGAUGAACUCGACCUUGAAGCAGAAGACCCCGCGUACGCGCGGGUGCCUCUCCCAGGCUCCUCCUUUGCGCCCUACGAGUUCCCAGAGUUGCUGGAGCUGCAGGACUUCAGUCGCGUUUUUGUGGAGAUGCUUCAACUGCCUAACUACCCUGUCGAUACGCUGGAGGCGGCGCUUCUCUUGUCACUUUCGUCCUCUGUCGCUGAAGAGUUUUCGGCGCGCGCAGGGUGGCCUCCGCAGACGAAGGGUGGAUCUAAGAAGAAUGCGAGGAAGCAAAGCGCCAAGAUCCCUCAAAACACACUCCCUUUCAUCGCCGCUUCGACCUCUCUGGCUCCCGCGCCCGAGCCCUUCCAUUUCUUUUCCCCCUCCGCGCGAGUGAGGAGAGAAGAAGUCGCCGCAGCUGCGGCCUCUGGGGAGGGAAAGGGGGCUGCCAUCAAGACGGGAGCUGCGCUGCGAGACGCAGCGGCCAUGGCGCUGGCUGAGGCGGCGAAGGAGGAAGCUAGGGAAAGCGGAAGUCAGGGUGCACUCCAGGCUGCGGAAGAGGGCGAAGGAGACAAGGCGGACGACGCGAACUCGGGGUUCGAGGGGGAGGCGAAGGCGUUAGACGCGAAGUACACAGCAGCGACUGGCCGCGCAGGGGGAGAAGCCAGCCGCGAGGGGGGCCGGACAGGAGAUCCCGAAGAGGAAAGAACUGACACAGACCCCCAGGGCGGGGAGAGCGACAAAGCGGUCGGCGGGCCUAGUCAGGGUGAAGCAGGAGAAGUGGAGGCGACCCCCUCACCACCUCCUGCCAAGCAGGGAAAUGAUGACUCGCCACUCCCCGCUUCCAUCAGUGACUCGUCGUCCCCUGCGGCGCCUCAGGAGGGAGCUUCAGCGGCGCCAGAGAGGUCCUCUGCUGGCGCUGCGCCUCCGUCCAGCGCUUCACAAACCCCGCCUUCUGUCGGUGCUGCGUGUUGCUCAGGGCCUCUUGCCCCUUUUUCUUCGGCGUCUCUUCUGCGUCCGUCCUCCUUCCCAGUCUUUUUGGGCGACGCGCUCUUCCUGCGACUUGUCCAGCUGGCGUUCCUGCACAUCAGCGACGCGCUGUCCCGCCACAACAAAACGGGCUCCUCCGCGACAGGAGACCCCGCGAAUCCUUCGGCAGACGCCCGUGCGCCGCUGGUCUCGUUGCUCACGGCUGCAGCAGGCGCGGGGACUGGGGGCCUCGUCGGCAGCGGCUCUGUCGCCGCAGCCGCGAGCGGGGCUGCGGGCGGGAUGGACACGCCAGCGGCCGCGACGUGGCUGGGCGCAGGCAGCCCAAACGGCCUCUGCGGCUCUUGUUCUUCGGGGUCUGCGCCGGAGAGAGACAGCAAGGUGAAGGGCGAAGAGUGGAGUGGCGACUUCGGCCGGUGGACCGCGCUGAAGAAGGCGGGAACCGAGCGCGAGCUGGAGGGCGCGGGCUCCAGACUGGAGGGCGGAAAGGGCGGACCGGCUGCCGCCUCCACGAAAGCAGUCGUGGGCGUCGCGAUGAAGCACUUUUGGCGUCACGCCGCAUUGGGGCCGAAGCUGAGGCGACUCGUGCCGCGCCACGCCGAUGAGGAAGAAGAGGAGGACGGCGAGAAGAAGACGACAGCGAGAGGCGAUCAGGAGGAAGCGGCGACGCGCCCCAGGAAAAGCAAAGCAGGCGAGCGCAGCCGGGAGGAGGACGAGGCCGCAGAGGCGGAAGCGCCGGAGGACGAGGCGGGGGAGGCCGACGGGGACGUGGCUGUGGAAGAAGGCGAGACCGGCAAAGAGGCGCGGAAGGAGCGGAAAGAAGCAAAACGCGAAGCGUCUUCCUUCUGUGAAUCCCAGGGAGACGCGCAGCUCGAAGACCAAGAACCCGAGGUGCUGCAGAUGCUCAACAAUGCUCCCCGCGAUCUGCGGCUGAUUGACUUCCUGACAUGGCCCCUUGUGCUCCAGCGGAUGCUGUUUGACAGUCUAUACACUCCAAGGCGCGUGGAUGUGAAGAAGCCGCGCCGGAGACGUGCCAAGAACGAGGAAGCGCCUCAGAAUCUGGAGGCCGAGUCGGCUGAGAAUAAGGCUGCAAAGGUCGAAGACGACGGCGAGCAAGCGCAGGAUGCGGCGAACGAAGACGCAGAGGGCGAGUCAGACGCCCAGGCGCUAAGCAGCGGACACGAGGAGGGAGAGGGCGGCGAGUCUGCGGCGCAGGCUGAAGCAGAUAUGGAGUCGAAGGAAUGCAGCGACAACGCGGCAAGCUGUCCCGCCGCCGUCAAGCGCCGCAGCAGUCUUUCUUCUGCAGAGGACGCUGGCGGUGCGGAGGAGGGGCCGCCGUCUUGCACACCUCCCUCUCCGUAUGCUGCAGAGGUCUCCGGGUCUGCGGCCGGCGAAGCGUCGAUGGAAGAGCAGGGAGACAGCGCAGACAAGGCAGACGCAAAGGCACCUCCCGCUGAAGAGGUAGAUGGCGGCGCCGAAGUCGCGGAGGUGCAAGAAGGCGACGCGGCAGCUGACUGCGGCGAUCCGGAGGAAGACAAACGGGUUGAAGAGAAACGGGCAGCGACGCCGAAGGACGAGCGAGACGGAGAGGACGCGGAGGGCGAGGAAGGCGAAGAGAACGAGCAAGAGAGCGAGGCAGGUGCCAAGCAGGAAGAAGGCGGCGCCGCGGACGGCGAGGAGACCGGUCAUCCAGAGACGGACCCGGAUGCGGAGGAAGAUCGCGAAGACGAGAAAGAAGAGCCCCAGGAGCAAGACGCAGGCUCUGCGUUCGGCGGCGCCCGAGGCCGAGACAAGAAGAGAAGGCGAGACGGGCAGGAGGACGGCGAAGAGGAGCUGGAUGAGCAAGGUCGGUGCAGAAAGACUGAGAAGGACGUGGCCCAGAAAGCGGACGACGAGGAGGCCGCGACACCUGCGGAGUUCAAGCCUCAGAACGCACGCAAGAAGACACGAAGAACCUCGAGCGACGUCAUGGGAGACGAAGAGGGCGAGAGCGGGUGCAAGGGCCGAGCCGGAGGCGAGGACGAAGACGAAGAAGACGAGGAAGCGGAAGAAGAAGAAUUCGAACGCCUCGAGUGGCACCUGGAUGAUCAAAAAGCCGCCCAGUGCGGCAUCCUCCCUUCGCGGGCAGAGGCCAUGGCCAUUGCCUUACACGACUUGCGGACCCACAGCGACGCAGCCGUUCCGCGGCGGCUGCAGCUGCUGCAGUGGCUGAUCGCAUGCAUCGCGAACGGCUGGAUGGGGAAGUUCUUCCUGGACGCCAAAGUGGAGGCGCUCUUCCGCGCGCGCGCCAACACCCUGCGCCUCCGCAUGGCCUCCGUUGCCGCGGGGCCUCCGAAGCCCCUUGGGGGCCCGACUGGCGCCGCUGCCGGAGUCAAGGGUGAAGGCGGGGAGACCGAAGGCGCUGCUGCGUCUGCAUCGCCGGAGGCGCCUGUCCCUCCUCUCUCGACCGCCACUGACGACACUGCUCCAGUCGAUGCGGGAGAGCGAGCGGAAGAGCCAAGCGCAGCUGCUGCGUCGUCCGCCAAGGCUGAAGCGCCUCCCGCGCCUUCCUCGUCCUCUUCGUCUCCGUUGCCCAACGACGCGGGAGACGGUUCUGUCUCUUCGCAGUCGAUGCCGCCUGGCGAGCCGGGGGGGGCAGCGGCGCUGCGCCCUCGGGGCGCGAGAGCUCGUCGCCCUCAGAGCCGUCCGCGAGUUCGCUAG